GCAUGGCCUAUAGAGGAAGAGGUGGGCGUGGCCAGCCUUCCUCAGCAUCACUCUCCCGUGUCAUCCCUGGAAGUCUUCACACGUUUAGGACCUGUGCCCAUAAUAUAUGCAUGGUGUCGGACUUUUUCUACCCAAACAUGGGAGGCGUGGAAAGUCACAUUUACCAGCUCUCUCAGUGCCUGAUUGAAAGAGGGCACAAGGUCAUAAUUGUCACCCACGCUUACGGAAAUCGCAAAGGCAUCCGUUACCUCACUAAUGGCCUCAAAGUCUAUUACUUGCCUCUGAAAGUCAUGUACAACCAAUCUACAGCCACGACCCUCUUUCACAGUCUGCCAUUGCUCAGGUACAUAUUUGUUCGGGAGAGAGUCACGAUAAUCCAUUCACAUAGUUCCUUUUCUGCCAUGGCCCAUGAUGCCCUCUUCCACGCCAAGACAAUGGGCCUCCAGACAGUCUUCACGGACCAUUCCCUUUUCGGAUUUGCUGAUGUCAGCUCGGUGCUCACAAACAAACUUCUAACUGUGUCUCUUUGUGACACAAACCACAUAAUUUGUGUCUCUUACACUAGUAAGGAAAACACUGUGCUAAGAGCAGCACUGAAUCCUGAAAUAGUGUCCGUCAUUCCUAAUGCUGUAGAUCCUACUGACUUCACUCCAGACCCAUUUAGAAGGCAUGAUAGUAUAAUAACUAUUGUUGUUGUCAGCAGACUUGUUUACAGAAAAGGGACCGAUUUACUUAGUGGUAUAAUACCUGAACUCUGUCGGAAAUAUCCUGAUUUAAAAUUCAUAAUUGGAGGAGAGGGACCAAAGAGAAUCAUUUUGGAAGAAGUACGGGAAAGAUACCAGCUCCAUGACAGAGUGCGUCUCUUGGGAGCCUUAGAACACAAGGAUGUUAGAAAUGUCUUAGUUCAAGGACAUAUUUUUCUUAAUACUUCUCUUACGGAAGCAUUCUGCAUGGCGAUUGUGGAAGCAGCCAGUUGUGGUUUACAGGUUGUAAGUACCAGGGUUGGUGGAAUUCCUGAAGUACUUCCAGAAAAUCUUAUCAUUUUAUGUGAGCCUUCUGUAAAAUCUUUGUGUGAGGGAUUGGAAAAAGCUAUUUUCCAACUGAAGUCAGGAGCAUUGCCACCUCCAGAAAAUAUCCAUAACAUUGUAAAGACUUUCUACACCUGGAGGAACGUUGCAGAGAGAACUGAAAAAGUGUACGACCGAGUGGCAAGAGAAGCUGUGUUACCCAUGGACAAACGGCUGGACAGACUCAUCUCUCACUGUGGCCCCGUGACAGGCUGCAUUUUUGCUCUGUUGGCUGUAUUCAACUUUCUCUUCCUCAUCUUCCUGAGAUGGGUGACUCCAGAUUCUUUAAUUGAUGUUGCAAUAGAUGCUACAGGGCCAAAGGGUGCCUGGACUCAUCGAUAUCCUUAUAGUAAAAGGGGGGCUGAGCAUACUGUGCUGUCUAAAACAAGGUAG